AUGCUCGUUUUACUCGUUCAAUACAUUAUCCGCGGCUGCGCAGCCACUAUAACCAGCACCACAAAUGCACAAGAUCUCAGUCAAUUCUCGCGGGGCCCCGAAUUGUGCCCAGGGAAGAUAGCAUGGCCCCAAGUGCCGUCGCCCAUCUCGUGCGACGACCCUGCGUGCCGAGGCAUUUCCUGGGCAGUACCUCCGUAUCGCUGCCGUCAACACGACGGCGUGAUGUUUGGGAUCGAAGUGUUUGGCUGCCCCUGCUGUCCGCGCCUGGUUGAUUGCGACGACCCAAAUUGUGCCGGCAGCCCCCACGACGAGAUAUGUCAGUCGGAACUCCUUGCCGACUGUGUUUGUGCAUUAUCCAGGCGAAGAGCGCCGGUCCCUCCCACAAGUACGCCAUUCGACGCUGCUGCUGCGCAAGUGGAAGACGUUUUGGCAGAUCUUACUGUGGACGAACCACUGAACAACGACAUUGGAGCGAUAAUACCGAGUGGCAGGAAUUGUCCACGCGAUCCUCCAGUUAAGUGUCUUGAUCCCCAAUGCCGCGGAUCAGACGAUUGGAAGACCGAGACGUCAUUGACCCCACGAUGCAAUCGGGCGGAUGGCAAGCUUGUCAUAGAUGGCACCGAAACAGCCCUGCACGGUUGUCCCUGCUGUCCUGAAUAUAUCGCCUGCAGCUCCACCGACUGCUAUGGAGGUGCAAAUCAGGCUUGCACUUCUGUCCCCUUAUACGGGUGUUUCUGCGACUGGCCCGGCCGCGGACCUCAACUCACUGCCUGGCAACCUGCCUUCUCGGCCGGCGACGAACCUGACGUUUACAUCUACGACGCCGACGCAUUUCUUGACGGCCCAGAUUAUCAUCCUCUCGGCGGCCAGCGUUUACCCACCACUGCAGUCUCCUCCACAGCUAGUUCGAGCAUGCUUAUUGAGGCCACACCUCUUCCAACCCAAGGGAGCAUCGCGCCGGCUAUCCCGCAAAAUUUUACGUGGAUGGAUUUGCUGUCAAGGAGACAAGAAGCCUUCAGCUUAUCACGGAAUGGCAGUGUGUUCGUGAUACCCGACCAUUUCAAACACACGUAA